UGUUGUUGUUUUAUUUUCCCCAAGGCAGAUUCAGCACCCACAGCAACGGGAAGGGCGCCAAGUAGGAGGGUGUUCCCAGAGGGAGGAAGGCCCCGCCCCUGGCCUGUGGCUGUGGUUUGUUCCUGUGUGGGGUUCAUUUCCUAGUAAGAGCCACCAAGCUAGUGACUUGGCCUGCUGAUCCCAAGUGCGGGUCUCCUAGGUUUCAGAGAGAGUGACAGUCGCCAGGCCAGACAAGACCUGGGAGACCAUGGGCCAGAAAAGAAUCGCGGUGAUCGGAGGGGGCUCCAGCGGGCUCACCUGCAUCAAGAGCUGCCUGGAGGGAGGCCUGGAGCCCGUGUGCUUCGAAAGGACCGACGACAUCGGAGGGCUUUGGAGGUUCCAGGAAAACCCUGAGCCAGGCAGGGCCAGUAUUUACAAGUCGGUGGUCAUCAAUACCUCUAAGGAGAUGAUGUGUUUCAGUGACUUUCCCAUUCCAGACCAUUACGCCAACUUCAUGCACAACUCCCAAGUUCUGGAGUAUUUCCGGAUGUACGCCAAAGAAUUUGACCUUCUCAAGUAUAUCCGGUUCAAGACGACGGUGUGCAGUGUGAAGAAGCAGCCUGAUUUCUCCACAUCAGGCCAGUGGGAGGUGGUCACAGAGUGUGAAGGGACAAAGCAGGUGGAUGUCUUUGAUGCAGUGAUGGUUUGUACAGGUCACCACACCGAUGCACACCUGCCCCUGGACAGCUUCCCUGGAAUCGACAAAUUCCAGGGACAAUACUUCCACAGUCGAGACUACAAGAACCCCACAAGGUUCACGGGAAAGAGAGUCAUUGUCAUUGGCAUUGGGAAUUCUGGAGGGGAUCUUGCUGUUGAGAUCAGCCACACCGCCAAGCAGGUAUUCCUCAGCACCAGGAGAGGAGCUUGGAUCCUCAACCGUGUGGGUAAACAUGGUUAUCCCUUUGACAUGCAAAUGUCCUCUCGAUUUCGCCUGUUCAUAUCAAAGAUGUGUGGUCCAUCAGUGUCAAAUUCAUUUCUGGAAAGGCAGAUGAACCAACGGUUUGACCAUGAAAUGUUUGGCUUGAAACCUAAACAUAGAGCUCUGAGUCAGCAUCCUACAGUAAAUGAUGAGCUGCCAAAUCGUAUCAUUUCCGGCUUGGUGAAAGUGAAAGGAAAUGUGAAAGAAUUCACAGAGACGGCUGCCAUAUUUGAGGAUGGUUCCAGGGAGGAUGACAUUGAUGCUGUCAUCUUUGCCACAGGCUAUAGUUUUGCCUUUCCUUUUCUUAAAGAUGAUUCUGUCAAUGUGGUAAAAAAUAAGGUAUCCCUGUAUAAGAAAGUCUUCCCUCCUCUCCUGGAAAAGCCAACGUUUGCAAUCAUAGGCUUGAUCCAGCCCUUGGGAGCCAUCAUGCCCAUUGCAGAGCUCCAAGCACGCUGGGCCACUCAAGUGUUUAAAGGGAUAAAGAAAUUGCCCUCACAAAGUGAAAUGAUGGCAGAAAUAAUGAAGACUCAAGAGGAAAUGGCAAAAAGGUAUGUGGACAGCCAGCGCCACACCAUUCAGGGAGACUACAUAGAUACCAUGGAAGAGCUUGCUGAGUGUGUGGGUGUCAGGCCCAAUCUACGGUCUCUGGCCUUCACUGACCCCAAGCUAGCAUUAAAGGUCCUAUUUGGCCCCUGUACUCCUGCCCAGUACCGUCUGCAGGGUCCUGGAAAGUGGGAUAGAGCUCGAGAAACCAUCUUAACCACAGAAGAUCGCGUGAAAAAGCCUCUGAGGACCAGAGCUGUGGAUAGGAGUAAUUCUUCAUCUUCAGUGAUAACCAUGAGCAGAUUUAUACUAGUGGUGGUUCUCUGUGCUGUCCUUCUGGCUUACUUCUAGAUGUACUGCUGUCAAAGCUCUAGCUUUCAGUGGAGAGGCCUUCAGAUCCCCUUCAUUUCUCUUCCAGAAGUUUUCAUCUCCUUCCCUUUUUCCCUACAGUGACAUCUAUCUUUCAUUUUUAUCAGCUUAUUUCCCUUCUCUUCAUUCUUCAUCUAUCACUUUUUCCUUCCAGCAGAUCCUAGGCUGUGAGAUCAGAUUUCCUUCCU